AUGGCCGUGAAAGACCCGGAGGACGUCGUCUACUUCCGCGUCUUCGACUGCAACAUGAUGAAGGACAAGCUCAUGGGCACCGCGUGCCUGAGCGCGGCCGAGUUCGUGUCGGGCACAGAGACGGAGCGGAAGCUGCGGAUCGUCGGCACGAACUACAAGAAGCCCGACGCGGGCUGCCUGCGCGUCCGGAUCACGGCCGCGUUCAACGGCGCGCUCGCGAACCUCACGCACGAGGUCGACCGCAUGUCGCGGGAGAACGACAAGUUCGCCGAGAACAACAAGCGGCUCGAGGGCGCGAUCAACGAGCUCGAGGGCGAGGUCGACCGCAUGGCCGGCGAGAACGCGCGCUUCGAGGCGUCGAACGUGAAGCUCGAGGAGAACGUAAACCGCAUGGAGGCGGAGAACGACCGCUUCGCGAAGAACAACGAGGCCCUCGAGGCGCAGGUGUCGCAGCUCGGCGAGGAGAACGAACAGUUCGCGGAGAACAACGAGAAGCUCGAGGCGCAGGUGACGGCCAUGACCGUCGAGAACGAGAAGUUCUCCGAGAACAACGCGAAGCUCGCGGGCCAGGUCGCGGCCAUGGCCGCGGAGAACGAGACCUUCGCGAGGAACAACGAGACCAUGGCCCGGGAGAACGAGAAGCUGGCGGCGAGCACCGCCGAGCUGCAGGCGCAGGUCGGCGCGCUGUCGGGCGAGAACGCCAAGUUCCAGGAGACGAACAGCGCCUUCGCGGCGAACACGGAGGCCAUGGCCGCCGAGAACGCGCGGCUCGCGGAGUCCAACGCCGCGCUCGAGUCCAAGCUGUCGAAGCUCGCCGAGGAGACGGAGAAGCUCGCGGCGACGAACGACGCGCUGGAGGCGUCCGUCGAGCGGCAGGCCGCCGAGGUCGCGAGCAUGGCCGAGGAGAACGACAAGCACAGGGCGCUCAACGCGAAGAUGGCCGAGGAGAACCGGAAGCUGGCCGGCGUGCGCAACUCGCUCGAGGGGAUCCAGAAGCUCUUCGAGAAGAGCAUGAAGGACAACAUGCGCGCCAUGGACCGGAGCCUGCUGGACAAGGUCGCGGCGGACUGCGAGUUCAUGGACCAGGGCGCGGGCCUGACCGAGGCCGAGUUCGCCGGCUUCCUGGAUCGCGUGCCCCAGCACCUCCACGCCAAGUUCGAGAAGGAGCGGUCGAGGUUCAAGCAGCUCGACAAGAACCACGACGGCGUCCUCUCCGCGGGCGAGAUGCGCGACCUCCUCAACAGGGUCGGCGACGUCCGGGCCAGCUGGGAGCACAUGGAGGCGGUGAUCGAGGCCGACUAUCGCAGCCUCUGCGAGGGGCGGCAGGCCGCCGCCGUGGGCUUCAAGUGGAUGACGAACCAGGGCCACAGCAUCCACCACGCGCGCAUCGUCGAGCGCCGCACGGGCACCAGCAUUAUCUACCUCUUCCGCCGGAACCUCCUUCGCCGCGAGAUCAGCAACGCCGCCAACAACCAGCUCGGGGACGCCCAAGCGCAUCCGAAGACGGAGGCCGAGCUCGCCUCCGCGCGCGGCAACGUGACUCUCUUCGAGGGCGUGAAGCUCGUCUCGGUUAUAGUCAAGAGGCUCGAGGCGCGCGCGACAGUCGUCGGCUACUACGCGGACAUCCCGUCGCUGUUCCUCGCGUACGAGGACCUCGUCGCCGGCUCGAGCGACGCGGAGGCGCGGUGGGCCGAGGUCUUCGAGUUUCUGCACGCGAGCGCGAACGCGACGAUGAAGACGACGAAGAAGCCGCUCCUCGCCAUUCACCAGACGCGCCCGAUCCUCAGCGAGGUCGACAACGCCGCGGCGGUCCGAGACACCAUGCGCUCCGUCUGCUCGCCGGAGGUCAGCUUCGGAGGCGGGCGUGGUUCGUCGCUCUGCUGCAAACCGGAGCCGCCGCCGGAGCCGCCCGCCGCCGCGCUGAAGCGUCGGUGGCCGCCGGAGCCGCCCGCCGCCGCCGCUGAAGCGUCGGUGAUGUGGCGCCUCUUCCUCACAAUCGCGGUCUCCGAGGGAACGUCCGCUCGCGCGCGCGAGGCGUACGACUUCCCGGUGAAGCCCCUCUUCGACGACGAGCCCUGCCCGUCCGUCUACAUCUACGACCACGCGGCCUUCUGGCCCGUGAACGCGUCGCUCGACGCCGUCGCGGCCCUGUCGGCGGACGACGUCUUCGGGCCGCGCUGCUCCGAGGCCAUCCCCGAGGAGCGGCCGACGGGCCAGUACGAGAUGGCGCACAUCGUCGUCUGGCGCCUCACGCGGCCGCCGCGGCCCUCGCUCCACGCGUGCCGGCGGACGACGGAUCCGGCGCUCGCGGACCUCUUCCUCGUGCCGACGUUCCCGGGCGGCGAAGGCAAGACCCGCGACUGGGCGCGCGCCUGCGCGGGCGAGACGGACGGGCUGGCGUCGUCGCUCAAAUACCUCGACGCGCGGACGGCGCACCGCCACGUCUUCCUCGUGUCCAAGGGCGCGCCCCAGCGUCGAGCGACAGGAGUGUUUUUUCGCGUGAAUUUCGCCUGA